CGCGCGGCCGUUCCAUAGAGGCUACAGAACGCGCUUUGUGUUAGCGACUAUGGAACGCACAGGAGGCGGCGACAUGCCGGGCCCUUUGUCAGCCGGCAAGAAGAAAGCUUCGGGCCGAGGGCGCGGUAAACGGGUGCGUCCGGGACCGGCAGCGGGAGCACCUUCGAGCCAGCUGCCUGUACCCGGCGCAGUUGCACCGCAGAAGUCGGCGCCCGAGGAACGCACUGCUGCGAACGACCUGCCGCAGAAUGGCCAAGGAGAUGAGCAGCCGGCAUCUCGGGAGGUGAAGGAAGAAGCGGGCGAGAAAAGCAACACUUCUAAACCCUUUCGACGGACAGGUUCAAAGAACGUCAAGACUGACACUCAGACGACAAAGCGUCCAGCGGCUGCAGUGGACGGCCCUCACCAAUCCGUGCGCAGAGACGAACAUGCCCCAACGGCAAACGCUGCUGGCUGCGGUGACAACACGGACGUUUCCGAAUGCACUGCGCCUCAUCAACGUCAUCAGCAGUCGUCUGCAUCCGCGACAGGACGCUCAAAGCGUUCCUCUUCCAAUCGCGCCGGUCCACCAUGGCAGCAGCAGCACGGCCAGCCUCAGGGCAGAGGCGGCAAGGGUGCCGUGCAGCAGCAACGUCCCGGCGGCGCGAGUGACGACAAGACGCAGCAUUCCCGAGAGCAGCCUGCAUGCCCAGACAGAUCACUCAGUGUCGUGGAGCAAGCACUGCUAGAACCAGACGUGCUGACACCCGAGCAGAUGGAGCGGCUGGCGCACGUGCUAUGCAAGAAAGCCCUCAACGACGCCGACAGCGCGGAACCGGCAGCUAAGUUCUGCGCCACCGUCAUCAUGAAGGAGAGUGAGGAUACUUUCCUCGACUUCCUGAUGGACAACUGCCGGGAUCGCUUCAGGCAGCGCGAGCAGUUUCUGCCAAGGUGUGGAGCAAUUGGCGCAGCGACCGAACAGGCGCUGACAGCGGCAGGGCCCAACCACCGUUGGAGGGCUCUCGUGAGCUUCUUGGCCGAGCUCCUGGGGGCCAUCAGCGAGAGAGGAAGCGUGGUCGGCACCAAGCUCUCCGGACGCGCUUUCUGCCUGGCGGCAAUGCUGUGUGAGUGCUGCAAGGUCAUGCUUGACAUGAUGACACAGGACGACGCUGCGGAGUUGGAGUGUCUUCACUUCGCGCUGAAGACCGCAGGUAGGGGCGCCGAGCGAGCCGCUCCUCUCCGGGUGUCGGAGCUGGCCAAAUGCCUGCGAGACAGAUUUCUCGCAGAACAAUGUCCACCAGAGGCACGCAUGGCGCUCCUUGAACUUCUCGAGCUCCGAGCUUCGGGGUGGAAAAUGGAAGAACCUCAAGAGCGCUACUACACUGAAGAUGCCGGUGGUGCUCAGCGCACUGACUGAACUUGGGGUGCCAUCCCAGCUGUGCUGUGUUGAGGCAUGCGGAGGCAUUGACGUAAACGCUAUCGCGCACUUUGUUUUCCCAAUAAUUAAAGUAAG